GCUCAGUCCAACGUGGUCCCUUCACCCGGGCUCUGCUCUUGCCUUCUCCACACUUGUUUGAUUUAUGAGGAAUCCAAGAUGAACCUGGAGCAGGAGAGGCCGUUUGUCUGCAGUGCUCCGGGCUGCUCCCAGCGCUUCCCAACAGAGGACCAUCUGAUGAUUCAUAGGCACAAGCAUGAAAUGACUUUGAAGUUUCCCUCAAUAAAAACAGACAAUAUGUUAUCAGAUCAGACCCCGACCCCAACGAGAUUCCUGAAGAACUGCGAGGAAGUGGGGCUCUUCAAUGAGCUGGACUGCUCCCUGGAGCACGAGUUCCGGAAGGCGCAGGAGGAGGAGAGCAGCAAGCGGAGCAUCUCGAUGCAUAAUGCAGUUGGCGGGGCCCUGGCGGGGCCCGGAGCUCACCAGCUCGGCAGCACCCGGAUGCCCAACCAUGACACCAGCGUCGUGAUUCAGCAAGCCAUGCCGUCACCGCAGUCCAGCUCGGUCAUCACACAAGCACCUUCCACCAACCGCCAGAUCGGGCCUGUCCCAGGCUCUCUAUCUUCUCUGCUACACAUCCACAACAGACAGAGACAGCCCAUGCCAGCCUCCAUGCCCGGGACCCUGCCCAACCCGACGAUGCCGGGGUCUUCCGCCGUCCUGAUGCCAAUGGAGAGACAGAUGUCCGUCAACUCCAACCUCCUGGGAAUGCAAGGCCCGACCCUCAGCAACCCCUGUGCUUCUCCGCAAGUCCAGCCGAUGCAUUCGGAAGCCAAAAUGAGGCUGAAGGCUGCGUUGACUCACCACCCUGCUGCCAUGCCCAACGGGAACAUGAACACCAUGGGACACAUGAUGGACAUGAUGGGCUCCCGGCAGGACCAGACGCCGCACCACCACAUGCACGCGCACCCGCAUCAGCACCAGACACUGCCGGCCCACCACCCCUACCCGCACCAGCACCAGCACCCAGCACACCACCCCCAUGCUCAGCCCCAUCACCAGCAGAACCACCCGCAUCAUCACUCCCACUCCCACCUCCAUGCACACCCAGCACACCACCAGACCUCGCCACACCCACCCCUGCACUCCGGCAACCAAGCACAGGUCUCACCAGCGACGCAACAGAUGCAGCCCACCCAGACAAUACAGCCGCCCCAACCCACCGGGGGGCGCCGGCGGAGGGUGGUGGACGAGGAUCCAGAUGAGAGGAGGCGGAAAUUUCUGGAACGGAACCGGGCAGCCGCCACCCGCUGCAGGCAGAAGAGGAAGGUCUGGGUGAUGUCCCUGGAAAAGAAAGCUGAAGAGCUCACCCAGACGAACAUGCAGCUUCAGAAUGAAGUGUCCAUGUUGAAAAACGAGGUGGCGCAGCUGAAACAGUUGUUGCUGACGCAUAAAGACUGCCCCAUAACAGCCAUGCAGAAAGAGUCGCAAGGAUAUCUAAGUCCGGAGAGUAGCCCGCCCGCGAGCCCCGCCCCCGCCUGCUCUCAGCAGCAGGUCAUCCAGCAUAACACCAUCACCACGUCCUCGGCGGUCAGCGAGGUGGUAGGAAGCUCCACCCUCAGCCAGCUCACCACUCACAGAACAGACCUGAACCCGAUCCUCUAAAAACCAGGGGUCGCACCUUGCCUCCAAGAAGAGCUGCCGCGUCCCGUGCGUCCUUUCUUUGAAGGGCAUUUUUAGAAUUAACUCAGACCUGGAAGACUCCUCAGUUCUUCGAAAGACUGGCUUUCAUUUUUAUAGUUAUUAUGGAAAUGUUGUCUUUUAUACUUAGUUAUAUAAGAAAAAAGGGAGUUAUGCAAUUAAUAUCUAUCAGCUUGGGAAAUGCUUUGGUGCUUUUCUCCAGUUCUCUGGUACCAGUUACUUGUUUGUAAACUGAACUCUUUCUGUAUAUAGCCAUGGUUUCAUGCUUAUCCGUCCGACCCUUUGCCUGAGACACUGAGUCUUGUUAAACUGCAGCUUGUAGCCAAACAAGGCAUACUUAGUGGUCAGCAGAAGCAAGGUCACUGGGUGAAAAGUGUGACGACAUCAUGACGCAUGUUGAGUCUGUGCUGUGAUGUCACCGGAAUCCCAGAUAAACACAGAGCCUCUCCACAACUCUGUUCCUCCUACUAUAAAAAAUGUUAAGGUCCACGUAUAUCCAAAUGAAAUCACCAGGCAUCUCCCCAACUCCUGCUCCUUGGGGUCCACUUCCUCAAGUGCCCAGUCCCCCUCUCCAUGUUCCCACUCUUUCCUGGGCUCCCUGUUUACGCUUCAUUUUUACCUUCUCUUUUAUAUCCCCCCCCUUUAGCAUUGCAUGUGAAGAGGAAAAUAAUAUUUAAAGAAAAAAUAAAAGCCAACCUCAGAAAUGUGG